UCUUUGGAGAUGUCCAAAAAACGAGCAGCCGAGCCGGAGUCCCGGGUGAAGCACCGCGCAGCUCUGGGCACCAUGACUCGCCUCCCUUGUUUCUCUCCGGAGUCUGUAGAAUGAAGACGGCUUGAGUCAAUUAAAAAAAUAAAAUAAAAGAGAAAAGUCCGUGCAGAGAGCAAAGAUGUCUGUUCCUCUGCUGAAGAUCGGCGUCGUGCUCAGCACCAUGGCGAUGAUUACCAACUGGAUGUCGCAGACCCUCCCCUCUCUGGUGGGGCUCAAUACCACCAAGCUCACGGCGGCGCAGGGAGGGUAUCCAGACCGGAGCACCGGAGUGUUGCCAGCAAACCCAGAAGAAUCGUGGCAGGUGUACAGUUCAGCCCAGGAUAGCGAGGGAAGGUGUGUCUGCACUGUGGUGGCGCCCCAGCAGUCCAUGUGCUCACGGGACGCCCGCACCAAACAACUGAGGCAGCUGCUGGAGAAGGUCCAGAACAUGACCCAAUCCAUCCAGGUGCUAGACCAGCGCACCCAGAGGGACCUGCAGUACGUCGAGAAGAUGGAGGUUCAGCUCCGCGGACUGGAGACCAAGUUCAGGCAGGUGGAGGAGAACCACAAGCAGAACAUCGCCAAGCAAUACAAGGCCAUAAAAGCGAAAAUGGAGGAGCUUAGACCGUUGAUACCAGUGUUGGAGGAGUACAAAGCCGAUGCCAAAUUGGUAUUGCAAUUUAAGGAGGAGGUCCAGAAUCUGACGUCAGUUCUAAGCGAACUUCAGGAGGAGAUGGGGGCCUAUGACUACGAGGAGCUCCACAACAGAGUGUCAAAUCUUGAGGAGAGACUCCGAGCAUGCAUGCAAAAAUUAGCGUGCGGCAAGCUGACAGGCAUCAGUGAUCCCAUCACCAUCAAGACGUCUGGGUCCCGCUUUGGCUCGUGGAUGACUGACCCCCUGGCACCCGAAGGAGAUACGAGGGUUUGGUACAUGGACGGCUACCACAACAACCGCUUUGUGCGGGAGUACCGGUCUAUGCAGGACUUCAUGACGUCGGACAACUUCACGUCCCACCGGCUGCCCCACCCGUGGUCGGGAACGGGCCAGGUGGUCUACAACGGCUCCAUCUACUUCAACAAGUUCCAGAGCCACGUGAUCAUCAAGUUCGACUUCCGCACCUCCUCCAUCAGCAAGUCCCGGCAGCUCGACUACGCCGGCUUCAACAACGCGUAUCACUACGCCUGGGGCGGCCAUUCGGACAUCGACCUGAUGGUGGACGAGGGAGGCCUGUGGGCGGUCUACGCCACCAACCAGAACGCCGGGAAUAUUGUAAUCAGCAAGCUGAACCCAAACACUCUGCAGAUCAUCAAGAGCUGGACCACCAAUCACCCCAAAAGGAGCGCUGGCGAGUCUUUUAUGAUCUGCGGGACGCUUUACGUCACUAAUGGCUACUCAGGAGGCACCAAGGUCUAUUACGCUUACUCAACCAACUCCUCUACUUACGAGUACAUCGACAUUGCCUUCCAGAACAAGUACUCGCACAUCUCCAUGCUGGACUAUAACCCGCGUGACCGCGCCCUCUACGCCUGGAACAAUGGCCACCAGGUUCUCUACAACGUCACGCUGUUCCACGUCAUCCGCUCGGAGGAACUGUAACCGUGGAGAUGGAUUAACACAUCAAAUAAUAAAUGUCUGUGUAGAAAAAAAGCUCUCUAUAUACAAAAAAAAAAUAUAUAUCUGCGAAAGAGAAGACAUAAUGGCAAGACCAUUCUAUUUAUGACAUCCGAUAACCUCUGAGAGACUGCAUCAGCACCGAAUGCAAAGUGGAUUGAAUGUGCAUAAGAAAAAUAAUCUAAAAAUUGAAGGGUUUCAUUCCAAAAUGUGAUAUAUUUAUUAAAGCAAAAAAAAAAAUAAAAGAGCUCUAUCAAAUAAUAUCACCAAAUUAAAGAUGAUUGUUAUAAAAGUCAAACUCUUUUGUAAAUAAAGUUGGUAAUAUAACUUCUUACUUUCAUAGUUACGACCAGUAGACUUUAAUAGCUGCCAUCAUUUUGUCAGAAGUUCUUUAUUCUUCUUUAUUUUUUAAUUUUUUUUUUUUGGAAUGAAACUCUUUAAUUAUUUGCUGUAUAGAAAAUGAUUGUACGAGUAGAAUAAUAUAUCAGAUUUAAAACAAUAAGAACAGAUGCCAAAAAAGAAGAAGAUGAAACAUCACGCCUUUCUUUUUUUAUAUAACGGAAUAUCAACCUAAGCUCAUUCCUGCGGCUCCAGUUUUUCGGCAGAUCUCCUCCCAGCUGAACUUUUCUUUUGGCCUUUGGGGGUCCUCAACCUGAAGUGAAGACUGUUGUUUAGAAAAAAAAAAAAAAAAAAAAGAAAAGAAAGAAUAAAAAGAAAAACUGUUGGAUCCCCAGGUCCCAUGGACAGAGACAAAACAAGCGGGAGGUCAGUCUAGUCAGAAGACUUGCUAGCCUAAUGGACGCAGUCUGUCAUAUUGUUUUUAAUCAAGUAGCAAAUCAAAAAUCUGUUGAGACAGAAAACGACAAUAACAAACAUCUACUAAAAGACCUGAAGGCAUUGACUGUUGACAGCGCUUAUUGUUUUGAGAUGAUUUUCUUGUGUUGGUGACUCUGUGUGAAAAAGGCUUUCUUUGCAUGAGUGUUUUCUAUCACUCCGGUCUGCUCUUCUGAAUGUCUUUUUGCUGUAUGAUACAUUAAAAAAAAAAAAAAAAAAAAGGUAGUUGGGAGGUAGGGUGGGGGAAAAACGAGGAGGAAUACCUUUGGGAUUGGAGAAUUUGCUAAGAUAUUUACGUUUUAAUGCUAGUUAAGUUUUCAUUUAGUUGAUUUCUAUUUCUUUGCGACCAUCUUACUUUUCUAAUGUUCUUGUAUCACUGUAACUGUUGGCACCGGUUUUGCCUCUCUGUGUUUGUUUAUUCGGACUGCGUGGGAGGGAUCUAUCGAGCGCACAUCUCUCUGAAGGAAAAAAAAAAAAUUGCAGAAUGUAUCAAGUAUUCUAUCCCGGCAACCUGGUCCUCGUGUCUUCAGUUCAGAUCGCCUUUAGCGGGGAGCGGGUUUUUUUUUUAUUUAGAGGAUUAAUCCUGUCUCAUGUCAUGUGUCCCCCCCCCCCACUGCUAGUGAAGGAUAAUGCUGUUUAAAUGUAUACCCUUGCCGAGGACAAAAGCUGUUCACUCUUUUUGCGCUUUGCUGGACAUGUGUUGUAUCUGAGAUGAGAUAGUUAAUGAUUCGUGUCAAUAAAACAGAGAAAUCUGA